AUGGCAAAAGCACAUGAAGGUAUCCUUGAUCAUGGCUAUUGGAGACCAGUCAAGCUUGAUACAGAGACAUCCUCUUUUACACGAGCGACAAAAUGGUGCGGUGAAGUGAUCCGGCCUUCAUUCCUGAGAGAUACAAACCUCGGAACUAGCAGAAGGAGAACAGCAUAUCUCGAUGGCAUUCGAGGCUUUGCAGCCUUUCUAGUCUAUUGGGGCCACCAUGAACUCUGGGCACACAAUUCAGAAGCUGUUCUUGAGAACGUAUAUGGCUACGAUUCACAGUACUACUUCGUUUGUUUGCCAGGUGUACGCAUGUUCUUCUCAGGAGGACAUUUGGCGGUCACUAUGUUCUUUGUCCUCUCUGGUUAUGUUCUAUCUGCCAAGCCACUGGCGCUUAUUCAAGCUGGUGAUCAACUCACUUUGGGUGACAACCUAUCCUCAGCACUCUUCAGGCGCUGGAUCCGCCUCUACAUACCGGUCAUCUGUACGACAUUCUUGUACAUGACCUCGUGGUAUCUAUUCAGAUACAGGACCGAUGUUGAGCCCAAGUCCUCGUAUCGCGAAGAAUUAUGGAACUGGUACUGCGAAUUCAAAAACUUCAGCUUUGUCUUCCGCUCGGGCGGCGAGCCCUGGUUCUCGUAUAACUUUCACACAUGGUCAAUCCCUGUGGAAUUCAGAGGCUCGCUGGUUGUUUACACCGCGCAACUAGCAUUUUCACGAUGCACCAAGAACGCUCGACUCUGGUGCGAAGUCGCGCUCGUCAUUUACUUUAUGUAUAUUGCGGAUGGCUGGUCGUGCGCAGCUUUCAUGGCUGGAAUGCUGGUCUGCGACCUCGAAGUACUGAGUGCCAGCAGGAGUCUACCCAAGCCCAUUGAAGGAUUAGGACGAUUCAAGAACACCAUGUUCUACAUGCUGUUCCUGAUGGCUGUCUAUCUCUCAGGAGUCCCGGCUUCGGAUUUUGAUAUAAAUGUUCUGAGAAACUCUCCUGGAUGGUACUAUCUAUCCUUUCUGAAACCACAAGCAGUUUUCGAUUUCAAGUUCUUCUACCUUUUCUGGGCCGCCAUAUUUCUGGUGGCCUCGGUUCCACACAUCUCGUGGCUGAAGCGGUUCUUUGAGGCGGGGGUCAACCAAUACCUUGGGCGCAUCUCUUUUGCGUUCUAUUUAGUCCAUGGGCCUAUUUUAUGGUCCUUGGGCGACAGAAUCUACGCUGCUGUCGGAUGGUCUAGAGAGCCACACGCCUUCAAUAUUCCCGGAUGGAUAAACCUCCUCCCUAUAACAAAGGCUGGCCCAUACGGUCUAGAGAUUGGGUUUCUUCUCCCACAGUUGAUCCUUCUGCCCAUCACUUUGUGGAUGGCAGAGAUCGUGACGGCACUGCUCGAUGAGCCUAGUGUGAGAUUUUCUCAAUGGCUAUAUGGCAAGACGCUGGGACCUUGUAUCAAGUUCUGA